AUUCUCUCUGCAACAGGAGAGUAACAGUCGUGGAUGUAAACCAGCAUCAAUUCACAUUUUCUCUGGAGAUUUGUAGUUAAACCUGGCUAUUGUCAACAGGGGAUGACUGAACACUCAGUGGGAGUCAUCCUCUGGGGAACAUGACGAUCCUUCCUGUAGCUGUUGAGGUAACAGCAGCAGAGGGAGGGACGUGUUCUGCACCUGUCCUGCCCCUCGGUGACUUCCCUCCUCCAGGAUCCUCCGUCCACUUCCAUUACCGUCCUCAUCUUACAGCCUGGAUCAGUUUCCUGAGCGGCUCAGCAGCCGGCAGAGUUCAGAGCCGCCGCCGCCGCCGCCGCCGCUCACACUGAGGCACGAUGGCUAAGUUCCUGACUCAGGAUCAGAUUAAUGAGUUUAAGGAGUGUUUCUCUCUGUACGACCGUCAGAGGAAGGGGAAGAUCGAAGCCCGGGAGCUGAUCACAGUGAUGCGAUGCCUCGGGUCAAACCCCACCCCCUCCGAGGUCGAACGACACCUGCUGAGCCACAACACAGAUCGGGGCGGAGAGCUCGACUUCUCCACCUUCCUGAGCGUCAUGCACCGGCAGCUCCAGCAGGAGGCGCCGGAGGAGGAGAUCCUGGAGGCCAUGAGGAUGGCCGACAAGGAGCAUAAGGGCUUCAUCCUGGCCUCGGAGCUGAGAGCCAAACUCACCGGCCUGGGAGAGAAGCUGACCGACAGAGAGGUGGACGAGCUGCUGAGGGAGGCGGGAGUUGGGCCAGAUGGGCGGGUCCACUGUGAGCAGUUUGCUAAAGCAGUAACUCGCUGCUCUGCGAGGCGCUGACAUCCCCACCGACAUCAUCACUGCUGUGAAGACGUUCAUUCUAUGUUCUGUCAGUUUAAUAUUCCAUGUCAGGCCUCAGAUUUCUACUGCAUGUAAAGACAUUUUAAUGUUAGCUGUAGUUUAUUUUUAGUUUAAACGAUAUAAAUAAAACAGGUGUGACAGGA